AUGGCCGGUCUCCCUCGUGCUGCCUUCACGGCGCGCCUUCUCGCUAUCCCUAGACAAAAUGUCCCGCUGUGUCGCCGCAUUCACUCAUCGCCCUUGAGGGCCGCCGUUGCGCAUCCCAUUACGGCCCACGGUCCGCCACCCAAGGCUCCUGCGCCCGCACCUGGGUUCGCAGAGACUGCAGAGACACAAGCAGGUGUGGAGUCGACAACGGAGGGUCGAGAUCUAUCACAAUUGAAGAAGCCUACUGUGUUGAAGAAGCGCUUCUGGAAGGAUGUUCAUGUUAACGGAAAGCCCGGUGAAUACCAAGUGUUGUUGGACAAGCGCCCUGUACGAACACCCAACAAGGAUAUCCUCUCCAUCCCCCCAACCAAGCCUCACCUCGCCCAUGCCAUCGCCCUCGAAUGGGAUGUCAUGACCUCCGCCCAACAGGCCCUCAAGAGCCACUUGAUUCCCCUAACCUCCCUCGCCGCGCGCGCCUCAGACAUUGUCCGCGAAGAUGCCCAGGGCGAACGCACCACUCGCGACCAGAUCAUCAACACCGCCAUGCGGUACCUGGACACCGACACACUGCUGUGCUGGGAGCCCGAGCGUACGAACAGCGCACUGGACCGGGUGGGCGAGGAGGAGAAGGUCGAGAGUCUACGUGAGAUCCAGAUGCGGGUUGCAAAGGACAUCAUGAGCUUCCUGUCUACAAAAGUCUGGCCAGGCCUGGAAAUUGUGCCCAUUCUCGACGGGGAGAGUAUCCUCCCCGUGUCCCAGCCGCAAGCGACCAAGGAUAGCAUCCGCACUUGGGUGUCUGAGUUGGACGCACAUGAUCUGGCGGGCUUGGAGCGAGGUAUCCUAGCGACGAAGAGUCUACUGGUCGCUGUGCGGCUGCUGGUCGAGUGGAGUGAAAAUUUCCGCCAUGUCCAGCGACACGAAGCGAAGAAGUUUGGUCUUGAGGAGGCUACCGAGGCAGCUAACUUGGAGGUUAAGUGGCAGACGGAUAUGUGGGGUGAGGUUGAGGAUACCCACGAUGUAAACAAGGAGGAUUUGCGGCGGCAGUUGGGAAGUGUGGUGGUGUUGGUGAGUGGUGAGACGAGAUAA